UCCAAGCGUGCGCGUGCGUCUGAUGGAGGAAUAGGCUACCAUCGCGAAACUAUAUUAAUCUAUCUGGAGUCUGGAGGGGGAAAAAAAACAUAUUAUCCUCUUAUUGUUAACUAUUUUGUAACCUAUGUGAACUUACUGCUUUACUUUUGUUCUGCUAUUGAAGUGAAGAUGACGCUCGUGAGGAAUGGAUAUGACGAUGCACCCUUUUUCUUCUACGUUCACCGGUUACUUUGUAAUUUUUGUUAAACAUCAUUUUAUUUUAUUUUUAACAGCAAUUUACUUUUUUAUUAUUAGUUAAAAGUAAAAAUAACUUUGUAUAUUAAAUGAAAUAUUUAGUUUGUUUACAAAACAGAAUACAAAAUUUGUCAAUCCUCAUGGUUUCUGACAUUUUAAUCCCAAUGGAUAUUCUUUAAUAACGCUCUACAUGAAGAUGGGAGCCCCGCAGCUAAACACUCCACUGAGUUAGCCAUGCAUCACACCAAUUCAUCAGGCGCUGCGCCACUCAAUCCAUUUUCCAAUCACAGUCAAUGGGAAGGACAGGCGACCUCUCCAUCACUUUCCAAUCCUGAGAACGUCACCUCGGAGAGGCCGAUCCUGAGCGGCCCCAUAGCUGCGAUGUUGUCAAUGACCCUGGGGAUCCUGUCUAACAUUGUAGCUUUACUCAUCCUGGGAAACGCAUACGCCCGUCUACGUCGACGAUCCAAAGCAUUUCUCCUGUUCGCCGGCUCUCUGGUGGCCACAGACUUUGUGGGACAUGUCAUACCUGGUUCAAUAGUCAUGAGGAUGUAUCUUUCUGGAGGUGUACCCUCUGAAGAAUACAACAGGGCGGACCCAUUAUGCCAGUUUCUAGGGGGCAGCAUGGUGUUUUUCGGGCUGUGUCCGCUCUUUCUUGGUUGUGCCAUGGCAGCUGAGAGGUGUUUGGGUGUGACAAAGCCGCUGCUCCAUGCUUCACUGGUUACGACUGCUAGGACUAAACUCUCUCUUUCCAUCAUCUGGUUAGCAGCUCUUUGCGUUGCCCUUCUGCCCUGCUUUCAGCUGGGUUCAUACACCUACCAGUACCCUGGAACCUGGUGUUUCAUUAAAGUGCUGGAGGAUACCGAGAAGGCAGACGUAGCUUUUGUGUUGUUGUUCUCAGGACUGGGGUUGACAUCCCUUGCUAUUGCUUUGGUCUGUAACACCAUAAGUGGACUGACUCUGGUGUUAGCGAGGAUACGAAGGAAACCCUGUAACCGUCGAUUAGCUAAAUCCCAUGAUAUUGAGAUGGUGGUACAACUUGUGGGGAUAAUGUUCACAUCUUGUGUCUGUUGGAGCCCCCUUCUGAUUGUUGGCCUAAUUACAGUGAAACAGUCGUAUGAGGGCUCUGUUGGAGAUGACCUUGCCAUCUAUAAGACCCUGAUGAUAAUGGGGGUGCGAAUAGCUUCAUGGAACCAGAUACUGGACCCAUGGGUUUACAUUCUUCUCCGCCGUUCCAUCCUCCAAAAGAUUUACCUCAUCACCAAACGUCAAACAGACUUUAAGGAAAGCACUUAUCGCUGCUGGGAGAUCCAUUCCUUCCCCAGCUCAGAGAAGAAUCCUGUCAGUAGAGUGUGAGUCAUAGUACAUCAAUAAAAAAAGACGAAGCCUACUUGGUCAAAUUAAAUUGAGGAUCUCAGUGGUUCCCUUUUAUUUCAGCAUGUGCACAUACUAGGAAUGUAUUUAAGCAAAUUUGCACAAAGAUAAAUAAAGCAUGAGAUGAACAGUACUUUUACUCCCUAUGGAGCGCUAAUAAUAAGGAUUUGGCUGGAAACAUUCGUGCCAGUAUGUCAGUUUUAGUCCUUCAGUUAGUAAUUAAAGCAUCAAUUCAGCCAGUUUUGUAGUUUAAGUAAUGGGACAUUAUUUUUAUUUGUCACCAGUUGUUCCCCAUUACGACUGUCCUGGGUAUGAAACAUGGCAUGAUAGUGAAGUGGCACUAAACAGAUAAGUAUUUGAAAAGAAAUGUUCACCUAAUGUUAACCUAUCAUAGAUUUGAUAUAGCAUGAUCAUCAAUAAUAUAUUACUGUGAGGUAAACUUAUAGCCUAUUUCUGAGGCUAAGUUUACCAUAUGUUUAUCUUGCAUAUUUCUGUGUAAAAAAUGCUCAUGUGAAUAAUUGUUGUUUAUAUAGUAUAAUUUAUUUCUUGUGUUAUAACUCCAUUUUUGGAGGCUUGUUGUAUUUUUACAUUGAAAAGCAUUAUACUAAAACAAAAC